GGAAGGGGGGAUGCUGAGGGGACGCAUGCUCAGAGUGGCUGCUGGAGCCUCGCCUGCCCGCUACAGCUGCUCCAAGGCUCUGGCACACGGGCGAAGGGAAGGAUCAGGCAGGGAAGACAGCUUGAAUUAUUGAUGGGAGCAAUGGCGUUGCCGUCUGCCUGGAGUGGGGUGCGUGUGGCGAUCCUGUCCCUCUCGGUGCUCGGCCUGCUGAGCGUGAGGCUUGUGGGGGCUGGCCAGGACUCCGGGAGUGUCAUUCCUGCAGAAAGCCGUCCCUGUGUUGAUUGCCAUGCUUUCGAGUUCAUGCAGAGGGCGUUGCAGGAUCUAAAGAAGACGGCAUAUAACCUAGACACACGGACAGAAACCCUCCUCCUGAGAGCGGAAAAGAGAGGCCUGUGUGAUUGCUUUCAUGCAAUACACUGAAAUGAGCACUGGGAUUUGGCCAGUGGACAUUUAUUCAUUUUUAAAAUGCUGUUCAAUAAAUUACAGGAAGAUACAGAGUGCAAGUUGUGCCCCACCAUAAGGAAAACCAUUUUUAUCAAAACAGUUUAUCAAAUCAUUUCUAUCAAAUCAUAGGUAUAGCUCAGUUAAAUCAAUUUUGCUUUGAUGUGGUUUAUCAUUACUGUAUGUGAUAUUGCAUCUGCUGAAACGUCAACAGAGGAAACAGUGCCAAAGUCUCGCUCAUGGGUUUUAUGCAAGGAUAGCAUCCUGCUUUUCUGGUAUUUCAAGCCAAAAAUUUUCCUUGGACUCUCAGGCCAACCCUUUGUCUCGUGUGGAUUGCCAUAGACCUGUGAAAGUCGGUGGAGUCGAAUUCUUUAAUGUAUUUAUGGAAGAAUAACAUGAAAAGGAAGCUACUUUGCCACGGUGCAUAGCUAAACAUUUACAAACAGUCAGACUUGGCUUUAUAUAGAAAUUAAUAGUUGUCAGUGACUGCUUGGCAGUCCAAGGAAGGGAUGUGUUCCCGAUCACAUCAAUAGUCCAGUGCAUGGCAAACACAGUAAUCUGUCUCACAAUUUUAAUUUCUUCAGAGCCACACAGUAGCUGUGAUCUUUUUGGAGAGAUUUAUUAAGUAUAUAAUGUGAUCAGUAACAUUUGUAAUCACAUGAAUACUGCCUGGCAACUGAACUGAUUAUGUCUGCCAAAAUCUUCUGGAGAAGUGUCUUUCAUUAAGCAAAUCACAUGCUGGAUUGAACCACUCAAACUGGCCUCUACAGAGAGUUUUGGCAGAGAGUGUACACAACGCCUGCCUGCCCAGGAGUCUCUUGCAAACUGUAUUUUGGGAAAUAUUCAAAUUCCACCAAAAUGCUCCGUAGCUCUUGCAUGGACUCUGCACUCCAUCACGGUGGGUUCCAGUGCUGAUGCUAUUAAUAUUCCUGCUGGAGUCAGUGUGAGACAAGACAGAACAAAAUAAUUUAAGUAGUGUAGUAGUAGUAGUAGAUGACAAGAUUGCGCCUUGUUACUCUUCAAAAAAGAAUAGCAAUCCUUUCUCAUUGUUUUCCUUUUUUCCUUUGUUUUGUGGAGGAGAGCAGGAACUGGCCAAGCGGAAAGUUCUUGUUGACAAUAAUAGAUUUUUGAUAGGGCUUAAUAUAACAUACCCAAAGUAAAGAUUUAUGUAUCUGCUUGAGCAUCAAUGUACAGGCUAGACACUUUUAUACGAACACAACAAGAAUGGUUUUCAAAGUCAUUUUACUAAUUCUUAUUAGUAUAUCUGUCUUCUCAUGAGUGGCUGAUAUUUUUGAUUUUUUGCUCUCAACCGGAUCAGCAAGUUAGGAUGGAAGCUAUCUGCUGCAUGUUUCCAAACUGCUUCUCUCCCGUUUUAUCUACAAUAUUAGGCACAGGGAAAUAGGGAACUGUGACCCACUGAAAACUUAUUAUUUUGUAUGCAGUCAUACUUAAUAACACAAGGGAGUGUAUCACAAUAUAAUUUGCCAAAGUUGUUUGAAAGGCAUGUGGUUUUCAGCUUCCUUGCACCUACAUUUCAAAGAGGAAAUUUGCUUUGUCCUUUGUAGUAUUCUAGCAAAGCCUUUUAUAAAUCAUCAGCACCUGGACUGUGUACAAGAGAAGCAGCGUGACACAGCAACACAUCUCUUCUGGUGGCAUUGCACUCCACUGUGGCACUGGUCACUGACUGAUGGGAAGCAAUAGAGGUUCUUGUCAUAGACCAUAUUUUACUGUACAAAUAAAACAAUAGGUUUAACACUUUUUUUUUUUUUGCAAAAUACCAACCUUACAUUACUUUCCUCCCACUUAGAUUUGAACUAAAGUAACAUACAGCUUUUGAGUUGGCUUUUUGCAGGAGAUGGAGUUCCAGCACUGAACCUGUGAAUUUUCCAUCACAGCUCAACUUUUUUGGGGGCAGUGUGUCUGUGGUUUGGUAUUGCUGUUCUGCAUGUUUAUUCUGCUGGUACCCUAAAGAAUCUUGCAAAGUCCUCUUAACAAGCACUGGGUUUUUUGUCUGUGUUUUUAUUUAGAAAAACAGUUGUUCACUGCUGAGAUUUCACAUAUACAGCUUGUUACAAUAAAAAGGUGGAAAGAAUGUCAAGUGGAUGUUCUCAGACUUCCAAAGGGAUCAGAGUGAUGCUGCAACUUUAUGGUUGUGAUGGCAGUAAUUAUUCUGUAUGUAUUCCUCUUUGUCUAUAAUACAAUACAAUAAAAGGGCAAGAUGGAUUAUAGU